AUGUCUUGGUCAUCGAAGAAACACAUUAGUUGGAAAUUUAUAUGCUCAAGUCACCGAUCAUUUACUGUCCAUAUAUUUCAGACGCAAGAGUUUCAGAUGGAGAUGACGUGUGAGGGAUGUUCAAAUGCUGCCAGACGAGUGCUGGGAAAACUUGGAGUAAGUGAAUCUGAUAUUCAAACAGAUCUACAGGCGCAGAAAGUAACAGUGACCUCGACUUUCAGUAAAGAAAAACUUCUGGAAACUUUACAGAAAACUGGGAAAAAGGUCUCCUUUAUAGGAGUUAAAAACUAGUUGUCCUGUGUAGAGAUACUCACACUGCAGAUACAGUCUCAAGCUUUCCUGGAUUUUUUCAAUGUUAGGUUACUUCAUGUUGGCCUUGUUUUCAUAAGCAAACAUUUAAAGGUAUACCAGACCCAAAUUUUACUU